AAAGGGGGUGACGGCGCGAGCGAGCGGCAGGCAGACAGGCAGGCCAAGGCGGGGGCGGAGCGCAAGAGGCGACGCGACGCGAGGUGGUGCGGUGCGGUGGCCAUGGUUAUAAAAAGUAACGGAGCGCGUCGCGGGUAGAAACCGGAAGGCGGCAGGCCGCGGCUCCUCCUCCUUCCUCCUCGUCCCCCACCCACAGCCCCACGCCGCCGCCGCCGCCGGUGCGGCUCGCUUCUUCCUCCCCCGGUCCGCUUUGUACGGCGCGGCACGUGGGGGCGACACCACCACCCUAUGCUCUGUCCUCGCCCGCAGGGUAAGAUUGCACCAGCAGUGAUUUUGGGAGCUUGAAGUGUUCAUCCGAGACAUGGAAAAAGUGGUCUACCGGGCAUAUCUCCUUCAAUGUAAUCAGUUCUUUUCAAAAGGAACUCUUGAUUGGUGUGUUUUAGCUCGUGGGAACACCCAUCUCUUCUCUCUGGUGAACUACACAUAGUGGUUAUAUGCUCCCCUAUGCUCAACAACAGCAGGCUGAUGUGAUCUUUUCCCAAAGUAGAUGUUCAUAUAAGCGGGGGUUAAUAUCUUGGCUGUGUUCAGUUGACAUCUGUUGCUCCCCUAGUUAGUUGACGUUUGCUCUUUUGUGUACCAUUUGAGGUCAGGGCUCAAUCCUUGCUACGUUUUGCAAGUUUCUUCUAUGGUUGCAGCUGGCUUGUUCUGAGUGGAACCGAAUCCAAGAUAGUGAGACAAGAGAUUGCUCAGCUGGAACUAGGCAACCACCUAUCUGUGUUAGCUGUUUAUAUUUCUCUGGACUUGGUUGUUCUGAAGGGAAAAGCUUGUACAAGACCGCCGGAAUACCGGAACAAUGGAUAGUUCUGCAGAUUCAAGUUGAUUAAGGAAGUUGGUGAUGGGACUUUCGGGAGUGUAUGGCGUGCUAUAAAUAAACAGAAUGGUGAAGUUGUUGCGGUCAAGAAAAUGAAGAAAAAGUAUUAUUCUUUCGAGGAAUGUAUGAGGCUGCGUGAAGUAAAGUCUUUGCGGCGCAUGAAUCAUCCUAACAUCGUGAAGCUCAAGGAGGUUAUAAGGGAAAAUGAUAUAUUAUACUUCAUAAUGGAAUACAUGGAGUGUAAUCUCUACCAACUUAUGAAAGAUAGAGUCAAGCCUUUCUUGGAGUCUGAAGUCCGCAACUGGUGCUUUCAGAUUUUUCAGGCUCUUGCUUACAUGCAUCAGAGGGGCUACUUUCAUCGUGACCUCAAACCUGAGAAUUUGUUGGUUAGCAAAGAUGUCAUAAAGCUAGCCGACUUUGGUCUUGCAAGGGAAGCCUCAUCAGUGCCACCAUAUACAGAAUAUGUUUCAACUCGCUGGUAUCGAGCACCUGAAGUGUUGCUCCAGUCAUCUGUUUAUGAUUCUGCAGUUGAUAUGUGGGCAAUGGGUGCCAUAAUGGCUGAGCUGUUGACACUCCAUCCUCUUUUCCCUGGCACGAGUGAAGCGGAUGAGAUUCUCAAGAUAUGCAAUGUUAUCGGCAGUCCAGAUGAGCAAUCGUGGCCCCAAGGGUUGUCUCUUGCAGAAGCCAUGAAGUAUCAGUUCCCACAGAUCAAAGGUAAUCAACUGUCGGAGGUGAUGACAUCAGCUAGUAGCGAGGCGAUAGACCUCAUUUCAUCGCUAUGCUCAUGGGAUCCUUGCAAGAGACCAAAGGCCGCAGAAGUCCUCCAGCAUACCUUCUUUCAGGGUUGUACAUUCGUUCCACCUCCCGUCUGGCCAAAAGCUGCAGGGCUUCCUAAAACGCCUCCAUGUGCUGGAGCAAAAGGAACUUCAGACAACAAUAUCGCUCGAAGAUACUCUACUGGAACUCUUUCUACAAUGAAAUCUCAAAGCAAUGCAUCUGUGAAAUUGAAUGGCUUAUCUAAAGCUGGUGUACAAAGAAAACUUCACAUGGAUCGUCAGGCAUCGCUGAAGAUUACAAGGCCAACCGAGAACAACAGUAAACUGACUGCUAAUCGAGUGCCUGCUCGAAAUAGCCCAGGGAAUCCUGUACUAAGGCAUUCACGCAGUUUGCCUGAAACUGGCCGGAGAGCAAUGCAGAAGGUCUCAACCAUUACUGAGAAGCUUUCCCAUAUGUCUGUGACCUCCAGAACAUGCAGCAAUGUGAAGCCUCCUGCCCCGAUGAUGAAGGCUGGGCAUGUUAAGUCGGACUUCCUCAGGAAGUCUGAUGAGAUCCCUCCAGCAAAGAGGGUGACACGGAAAUUGAUCAGCUGAACGAGGGUAUAUAGAGCAAAAAUUGGUCAGCUGCAGGAGGGGUAUAGGGUAUACAGAGCAAAAACCGGUGUGCUGAAGAGGAUAGCGCGGCCGAGUGUUUGCCUGUUGAUGGCUGCGGGGAUUUGUUGUCCCACUAGUUCGCUGCCUCCAAGCGACAUGGUAGAAUUGUUGCAAAUUCCUGUUGUAGAGUGCUCGAGCCUGCUGGCGUUCACCUCUACUGUGCCGUUGAUCUGCUUAUUGCCUCAAGAUUGCCCCACGUUUUAGUAAACAUGAUUGUGCUAUUGAUUUGAUUUGAUUUGAUUUGUCAUGCAAUGUUAAUCUUGCAACAACCGUGUUUGUUUAUAUGCACUCGGAACAACCUGCAAGUCCUUGAGCCCUCAAGGGGAGAAUAUUUGGUUUUGAAUGUACAGUGCACGAGUUUUUGGUGAGCA